ACUCCUCCGUUCAUAAUUGCGUCAAGUCCCGACGCAAUAGAAACCAACACCUGGCUGGAUGCUUUUGCGCAAGCGUAAAGAAAAAAGUUCGGCGGCGCUAGCAGACCGCCGCUGGUCACCUUUCACCAGCGAAGUGGGGAGAAUUUUUUAGGGGGGCUAUUUAAAGAAAACACUGUACCGAGCUCGUCAAAGAACUGAAGUACUCCUUCGUACGGCGGACAGAGGGAGACUGUAAUGACCCGCUGCGUUUGUCAGAGACGGAAGAUGCGGGGAAAUGAUAUCGUGCGCGCGGAAGUUUGUGUUUACUUACGCCGUUGUAGCUAGCGUGUUGGCCCUGUUAGCCUGUUAGCGAGAAAGAUGCGCUGUGUCUUGACGGGUUAAUAGCAACACUUACAAGUCAGCCCAGCUAUGUUAAACAGUAGAAACAUACUGUAUAUAUCCUGAAGCUAACAACGAGCUGGUGGCAGAUGCUGCGGAUUGCUCAAACUCUUGAAACAUUGGUGCGGGCCACGAGCCGUGAACUCUGCGUGCGCGUGUCAACACGCAGGCAGAAGUUAUUUACAAAGAGGGCACUUUAAGCCCUAAUCUCAAACGUAUAGACCUGCAAAACGUGAUUUAAAUAUUAACUGCCGCCCUCAGUGCGGUUACGAAUGACAUAUCAGGUUUGCGUCGCUGUGCGUGCAAACCAUCCUCCUCAUCGGACCUAGUACAUCGUCCUCGUCCGCAAUGGGGCCCCUGUUUAGCCAGUGAGACCCGUAAAAGCGAUCUGGAGCCCGUUAGCCAUGGGGGGAUGUAUGGGCAGAUACUUAGAAGGCUGGGAAGACUCGCAGAGUCGGGGCUCCUCCAGGAACGGUGGACGAGGAGGGCGUAACGAGCCUCUGAAAAAAGAUCGUCCUAAGUGGAAGAGUGACUACCCGAUGACGGAGGGCCAGCUACGGAGCAAGCGGGAUGAAUUUUGGGACACGGCGCCGGCCUUCGAGGGCCGCAAGGAAAUCUGGGAUGCUCUGAAAGCAGCCGCUGUGGCCUUGGAGUGUAACGACCAUGAAUUAGCUCAGGCUAUAGUGGAUGGAGCCAGCAUCACACUGCCACACGGUACCCUGACAGAGUGUUACGAUGAACUUGGGAACCGCUACCAGCUGCCCGUCUACUGCCUGGCACCACCCAUCAACCUCAUCUCAGAGCGUAGUGACGAAGACCCCAGCGACAGCCCUGAACCCCCAGUAGCAUCCAAGAAGGAAUUCCAGCUCAAGGUGCGGCUGUCCACAGGAAAGGACUUGCGUCUCAGCGUCAGCAUGGUUGACACCAUAGGCCAGCUGAAGAAGCAGCUGCAAGCCCAGGAAGACAUUGACGCCGUUCACCAGCGCUGGUUCUUCUCCGGGAAGCUGCUCACGGACAAGACACGGCUGCAAGACACUAAGAUCCAGAAGGACUUUGUGAUCCAGGUCAUCGUCAACCCACAGGCACUCCAAGCCCCCAAACCAUCACCACCGACAACCACCGCCUCCUCACCUGUGCCCGAGUAACCGAGGACCGUCAGAGGAGCGAUGCAGUCUGUGAUGGACCAGAGGUGCCUCCCAAUGCUGGAUAACUUAUUCUUCUUGACAAAAGCUACUGUUACUGAAAGAGAAAGAAACUGUGAGGGUGAAACAAACAAAAACAGACAAAGAAGAAACUGAAAAGUGCUGCUUUUUUUUUUUUUCUUUUUUCUAAAUGUCCCUGUGUGUGCACGUGUGUGUUUUUUGGGGGGGAUCUGCUGAGUUGUUCCAGUCAUCACACUAACCAGAGAUGCCUGUCAUCGUUGCGUAUUAAAGCAGAGCUCCUCGCGCUGGUGUGCAAGCCUUUUCUCAGUGCACAGAACGUGCACAUCAGAGCUGCACAUGCAGACUCUGCCUUUGCCCUUUAGCCUGCUAACACAGUGCCAACAGAGGAACUGCAGAGGCGUUGGUUCUAGAGCGUAUUUCUGCUAUGACACCUAUAAACUCAGCGCUGUUGCUCUCUUUCUCCUCCACAGAAACAGGAAAGGAAAGCAGGAAAAAAGAAACGUGCUGAAUAUUCUUCUUUUUUUUUUUCCUUUCCCUUACUGAGGAAAUAAAGUCAACUGGGCUUUUUUUGCACAUUUAAAGAUUAGUACUAUACUUUUGUGGUAGUUUGUGUGCCUUCUACAAGACAAAAAAGGGGGGGGGGGUAAUCACCUGCAAUUUUACUGUUGGGCUAAUAUAUCUUUUUUUUUUUUUUUUUUUUUUUUCAGAUUCAGGAACUUUUAGAUGGACCUAAGCUAUAAGUGUUGCCUUUAUUUCUUUUAAAAGAUUUCGUAAGUCUUGCGGACAGAAGAGAAUGGUUGUGUGGGUGUGUGUGUAUGGAGGGGGUGUGCGACAAGAUUACGAAACUGACCCAUACGAUGCAUUGAGAGUCGAGACUGGACUAAAAGUCAUAGCUUAAGUGAAUCAUGUCAUUGAUUUAAGGGAAAGCGGAAUUCCCUUGCAAAAAGUGUCGUCUUAACCGCUGCGUUGCUGACUGCGCAGUGACGCCCUGACCAGCAGGAGGGAGCAGCACAGGCCUUAUUAAAUUUGAUCAGAUCAGUUGUUUAUUGUCACUUGUUUUGUUUUGUUUUUCCCCUUCCACCACCGGAUGAAUGUAAAUCCAGCUUUUUUGCUCUCGAUGUGGUCUGGUAAUGUUGAACAAAAAAAGAAAGGAGGGAAAAAAGGCAUUUUCUCUUCACCAGCAGGUAUGAUACGGAGCGGCGAGUGAAAACAAAAAGCUCAAGCUGAUUAUUAUUUUUUUUUUUUCCCUUCAGUAAAACUGGCCAUACCGGUGAUCCCCUACAUAUCAUGACUGUUGCUUACAAGCACACCCCAGGGAUUUCUGCACGAUGUCCAGUUUGCUUCUCAUGUAAAAGCAGUUGUUUAAGGCCUUCUGUGUGGCAGGAAGGCCCCACAGAGUGAUUUUAAAAAAGGUGGAUUUGGGAACUAAGCAUUAAUUUUGCAUAUAGCAAACUCAGCGUAUGGCAGUAGGCGAGGUAUGGUCGAGGUAAGGCAGGGAAAGGGAAAUGCAACAUGCUGCUUUAUGGGAUUUUUUUAGGGGGGGGGGGGUACUAAUACUGCUGGAGUUCUCCUUUAACAAGUUUUAAUUUAAUCAUAUUUUCACAGAUCUGACUGGAAAGCUAAAAAUAAAACCAACCAAAAUCUGUGCUUCAAGGCGAAAAUGUUUUUUUCUGUGGUGGCUUUCCUGUAAGCUGGUGUCGAUUCAGAGAACAAGGAGAGGUUUUUUCAACCUUGUUUGUCUGUCUUAGUUUCACACUGAGCGGUGAGCACGCACUGCCUGUUUUCUUUACAUCAUAGCACAUCUGUUAGUGUUCAUGCCCCGACUCUAACCGGCUCUUGAAGAGCAACAAUAAUUGUUUGGAGGGAAGAGAGCCAUCAGGUUUGUCGCCAGCCGCAGCGGUCACCAGAGGAAACAAACGAGUGAGAUGUGAUAUCUGUAUGUAAAUCUGCAGACUUUGCAGACGAGCUGCAAGAUCUUUGGCAGUGGAACAUUUUCACUUUUUAUUUAUAGCUGCUAGCAGUCCGGAGUUCACUCGACUUCGCUCACCUUAAGCAGCCUUUGUUUGUAUGUACCCGUGGAGAGCAUUAGCUAUCAUCUGGGAACUUUUUAAAUUUAACAGUAUUCAUAAGUGAUGACCAGUGCACAAAAUAAGCUUGGCUGAUGCUGGAAUCCCUGAAAAAUUGGAUGUUGUCCCCAGAGGCUGGACUCCCAGAUUGGUGAGCUACAAACAAAACAGCCCCACAUUCAUCCCCCUCAUGCUGGACCAUCUGAGUCCACUUUAAAUCUCUGUGGCUGUAUUCACACUGGAGCUCAUUGAAGAUGAUUUUGCCUGAAUAAUAGCCAUGGAUCACUCGGUGUGAAAAACACCAUGCUUUAUUAUCACAAUCACCCUUUCUUGUAUUUGCAAUCAGAGAUAUGAGACUGCUUUCCUGAGCAGUGUGUUUGCACAAGAGUCUGUUUGUAUGGGAGGAAAAAUAAAAGCCAUAAUCCUGAUCAUGACAUUUAUGUCACUGCACACACCAGCUGAUUUUUUUUCUCUUUUUUUCUCUUCUUCAGUGACUCAUUUCAAACUCAAAGUGCAUUUAAGCUACUUUUUUUUUCAAACUUCAAUUUUCUGUUGUCCUGUUUCUGCACACAAAGGAGGAAAGCCAAAGAUACAAGAGCACUCUGUGCAUCAGUUCCAGGUCACGUUGCAGAAUAACGCAUCAGCUGGUUCACUGUCACAAACGUCCACAGCUGGACGAGCUUUGUUUUCAUUCUCCGCUCCUGUCGCACAAAUAUCCUGCAUCAUCAGCAUCGUGGAGGUAAUAAAACUGACCUGAGCCACAGCAGCAGCUCACCACAUCAAGAUGAUGUUCCUUCUCUCUUUGUCUAGCCACUUUUCAGCCUUGUGGUUCAUUAACUUGUGUGUGUUUUAAGGAUGUUUUUCUUUCCUCCUUCACCUUUUACCUGUGGUUCCUAAAGGGAUAUGUUUUGUAACUAUCGUAUGCAAACUUGAACAAGCGUUUGUCUCUGUAUGUGCAAUACAAUAGACAUAGACCUCAUCAGUUUCGUGUCUGAUUUCUGCUUUUUGCUGAUAUCCAACAGCACCAGCCAUGAGUAUUGUCAAAAGGUACAAUCUGCAGUGCUGCAAUCACCUGUGUUUGUGUUGUCUCUUUAAAAUGUGUUGCUAGCUGUCGCCUUGACCGCCCCGUCCCCACGGGCUCUUAAUAUUUCUAGAGUAAAUAUCUAAAGAUUAAAAUUUGCCUACACAGUUUCAUUUUAGUGUCCAUUUAGCAUUGUGCGGCGCUCAUCUCGGCCGUUAAGGUUAGUGUCGUCGGACUCGAGGGUGCUCUGCUGACAGUUUUAAUUAUGGCAUCUCCUGUUAUGCCAUUCUUGCUGAAGUAAGCUUGUUUGCUUGCUCCGUGUCUUCAAUUUGUCCUCUUUAUUAAUGUCUUUGAGACUUUGAGCACUGACCAUUGUCCGACAUUAAAGGGACCACAUGUUAUUACACUGUAAAGUGCUUUAAGGUGCCCUCAGAGAACUGCAAACAGGACCCCUGAUCAACAGUAUACAAACUACUAAAGCCCAUCCCCCUCCCAUUAGCGGUUCAAUAUGCCAAUUAAAGGCAAAGUAUAAAUAUCUGUAUGGUUGCAUCAUAGGAGUGUUCUUCAAAGCACAGCCAGACAUUUAGUUAUUGCAUUAUUUAGCCCCCUAAACCUAGAACCCUAGUCACAAUCUUGGUUAUUUUUAUUAACUGUCUUUGUUAAACCAGGCUCUGUGCACACUCACCAUAUCAUAUAAAAUAUGGACAUGGCUUGUAGGACUAAAAACUGAAGCCUACACUUAAGUGCCUUAAA